UCACUCACGUUGUGCAACUUGUUCUUGUUAUUUUCUUACUCGAAGAGACAUAUUUUUCCUCAUAAAUCGUAUUAGUAAACUCACCUUGUGCUAAAUAAAGUUUUAAAUCCCAAGAUUUAUAAAAAAAUCAACAAUGAGGCUAGUAGAUUCAACGAAAAUCUUAGAACUUCAAAACAGACCUACAAAAAUUCGAAAUAUUUGUAUUGUAGCCCACGUGGAUCACGGAAAAACAACUUUGGCAGAUUCUUUGAUAUCCAGCAAUGGUAUUAUAUCACAGAGAAUGUCUGGAAAAUUGCGUUACAUGGAUAGUAGGCCUGACGAGCAAGAGAGAGGUAUAACGAUGAAAAGUAGCAGUAUUGCUCUGUACCAUGCUUUGGAUAAAGAAGAAUAUCUCGUAAACCUCAUAGAUUCGCCUGGACAUAUUGACUUUUCAAGUGAAGUGUCUACUGCAGUGAGGUUGUGUGAUGGCGCUAUUGUUGUUGUGGAUGUUGUCGAAGGUGUAUGUCCCCAAACAAGACUUGCAUUGAAACAGGCUUACUCGGAAAGUAUUCAAGCUGUAUUGGUUUUGAAUAAAAUAGAUCGUCUGAUAGUAGAAAUGAAGAUGAGUGCUCUUGAUGCAUAUGUACAUAUCACACAAGUAUUGGAACAAGUUAAUGCAGUUAUGGGAGAAUUGUUUGCUUCUGAAGUAUUAGAGAAUGAGGAAACAUUAAUUGAUAAACAACAGACAAAAAAGUCAGUUCCAAAGGAAGACAAUAAUUUCUAUGAUUGGACAUCAGCACUAGAAGAUGCAGAUGACUCAAACUUAUAUUUUUCGCCAGAACAGGGAAAUGUAGUGUUUGCUAGUGCUAUUGAUGGUUGGGGUUUCACUAUACACAACUUUGCAAAACUUUUUUCGGAUAAACUUGGAGUGAAAGAAGAAUUACUACGAAAGGUUCUUUGGGGUGACUUUUUUUUAAAUUCUAAAACAAAACGUUUCAUGAAAGGUGCUCAAGAAAAAGCCAAAAAGCCACUCUUUGUUCAAGUUAUUUUUGAUAAUUUAUGGAAUAUAUAUGAAACAAUUGUACUUAGAAAUGACAAAGAGAAGGUUCCAGUUAUUUGUGAGAAACUUGGUAUUAAACUUACGACCCGGGAUCUAAGACACACUGACAGCAGAAUUCAAUUACAGUCGCUGAUGACACAGUGGCUACCACUGUCGAAUACAGUGUUAGAUAUGGUUUGCACAAAACUUCCUUCACCAAAAGAAAUUUUACCAGAAAAAGUGGAAAAACUCAUGUGCUCUCGUAUAAGAGACCUUGAUACUUAUCCUGAAGAAACACAAAAACUUAAACAUGACUUUUUAGACUGUGAUAGCAGUAAUGAUAGAACUGUGAUUAUUUUUGUAUCUAAGAUGUUUAGUGUUGAUAAAAGCGUAUUGCCCGAAAACAAACCGAAAGCAUUAACAGCAGAGGAAAUGGCUCUAAGAAGAGAGAGAGCGAGACAGAUGCGAGUUGAACUGAAACAGAAUAAUGUUAAUGCGGAACCGAUUCCUAUAUCAAAAGAUAAAGAAUUGAGUCAUAAUGACGCUGAGAAGUGCACUGAAGAUGAAAAAGAAAAGGAAGAUGAAAAUCAAACUGCAUUUAUAGCUUUUGCUAGAAUAUUUAGUGGUAAAGUUAGGAAAGGUGACAAAUUAUAUGUAUUAGGUCCAAAACAUGAUCCCUCCCAAGUACUUAUUAAAAAAGACAUCCAAAUAGAUCCUAAUAAGAAAUUGAAAGACUUGCAAAGUGACGAACACAUCACAUGUACAGAGAUUAAAUCUCUAUAUAUUUUGAUGGGAAGAGAAUUAGAAGAUAUCGAUGAAGCUGUAGCGGGUAACAUUAUAGGUAUAGGUGGUUUACAGGAUCAUAUACUUAAAACUGCAACAUUAAGUAGUACUCUUGCAUGUCCAGCGUUUAGUGAGAUUCAAUACGCAGCUGUUCCUAUACUGAGAGUCGCUAUAGAACCGUCAUAUCCGUCACAACUAUCUCAGCUAGUGAAAGGUUUAAGAUUACUUAACCAAUCAGAUUCCUGCGUUCAAGUUCUAUUGCAAGAAACAGGUGAACAUGUUUUAGUUACAGCCGGCGAAGUACAUUUACAGAGGUGUCUUGAAGAUCUCAAGAACCUUUAUGCCAAAAUUCCUAUAACAGUAUCAGAACCGAUAGUACCGUUUAGAGAAACAAUUGUAGAACCACCUAAAAUAGAUAUGGCCAAUGAAGAAAUUGACUCCCAAAAUAUUGACAAAGGCAUUACAGAACAAGAUUCUCUAAUAAGUAUAAGCACUAUUAAUAAACAAAGCACUAUCAAAAUUCGUGCUAAACCUUUACCAAACGAAAUAACAUCACUGUUAGAUAGAUCGACUGAUUUAUUAAAAGCAAUAUCACAACACAUAAAAAUAUUACAAGGAGUGUCAAGAAAUGACAAUCUUGAAAGUAAAUUUGAUGAAUUACAUAUAAAUGGUAAACAUCAAUUGUCUGAUAGAAUGUUGAAACUAAUAGAAGCAUUUAAGAGUGAAUUACAAGCUAUAUGUUCCAAAUUGGGUCCGGAAUGGAAGGACAUUGUUAAUCAAAUAUGGUCUGUAGGACCUAGAAAUUGUGGCCCAAAUUUGCUUUUAAAUCAGACGCCAGAUUAUAAAACUAAAUUUCUACAUCACGAGAAAGAAUUAAAAGAGGAUCCUCGAUUUGAGUACGAAAGUAGUUUUGUGAAUGGUUUUCAAUUGGCUUCAUUGGCUGGUCCGUUGUGUGAUGAACCGAUGAUGGGUGUGGCUUUUUGUGUUGAGGAAUGGACUAUGGAUAAAGUAGACGAAGAUAUUUCCUAUACAUAUGGACCAUUAUCAGGUCAAAUAAUGUCAGCAGUGAAAGAAGGUUGUAAAAGAGCAUUCCAAGUUCAACCUCAACGACUCAUGGCAGCUAUGUAUUCUUGUGACAUCGUUGUGGAUCAGAAAGUAUUAGGUAAAUUAUAUGCAGCACUGGGCAGGCGAGGCGGCAGAGUGAUCGGCAGCGAUCUGCAAAGCGGCUCCGCUUCGUUCAGAGUGCAAGCGCUCAUGCCCGUCGCCGAGAGCUUCAAAUUCGCGCUUGAACUGCGCACGCACACGUCAGGGCUGGCCGCGCCCCAACUGAUGUUCAGCCAUUGGGAGGUAAUUGACAUUGACCCAUUCUGGAGACCUAGGACAGAAGAAGAGUACUUGCAUUGGGGAGAGAAAUGGGAUGGCGUGAACAGAGCCAAGGCGUACAUGGACUCCGUAAGGACUAGGAAAGGGCUUGCAACUGACAAACAACUCGUGCAGCACGCGGAAAAGCAAAGAACAUUGUCCAAGAAGAAAUAAUACACCUCUUAUUGCAACUACAUAAAGUCUCAUUUGGAACAAAAUAUUAUACGAAGUUUGGCCAAAUUGUAUACAAGAUAGCAAUGUGUUGCCGUUCUAUUUAAAACGAAACUUAAAACUAACGUAUUGUUAAAUUUUAAAUAUGUAUCUUCCUCAAAACGCAUUUUUGUAAUUUUUAUGUAUUUCCUCAUACAUAGUUUAUUUU